AUGGUGCCAUUUAAAGGACGUUCUACCAUGAAGCAGUACAUGCCAAAUAAGCCGAUAAAACGAGGGUUUAAAAUUUGGGCAUUGGCUGAUUCAGCUAGUGGAUUUUUGCUAAAUUUUGAUGUGUACACUGGGAAAAAGACUAACGGUAAACCAGAAUUCGGUUUAGGUGAAAAUGUUGUUUUAAACCUAUGUGGAAAUUUAAAAAACUUAUAUUAUUGUGUUUAUUUUGAUAACUUUUUCACAAGUAUACCUUUGAUAUCAAAACUUUUAGAAUAUAGAAUUUUUGCUUGUGGCACAUUCAGAACUAACAAAAAGUUUUAUCCUAAAAACCUAAUGAAGAAAGAUAAUAAAUAUGCUUCUGGAGAUAUAGAGUAUGCUCAAUGCAAUGAUAUAAGUGUUAUGCGCUGGAAAGACAGAGGUUCUAAGCCAGUUACACUGAUAAGCAAUAUGCAUAAUGCAGCAGAACAUUGUGUUGUACUUAGACGAAAUUCUAAAGGUGAAAAAGUUCCUGUUUCCUGUCCAACUGGUAUAUCUGAUUACAAUAGAUAUAUGGGCGGAGUAGACAAAUUCGAUCAAUAUAUGGCUGCUUACACUAUAUCACAAAAAUCUCGUAGAUGGUGGAUCAAAUUGUUUUACUAUUUUAUUGAUACUGCAAUUGUCAAUUCUUAUAUCUUGUACAAAGAGAGUUGUAAUAAAGCAAAAAAAAAUAUAUGUUUCACAGUUGGAAUAUAG